ACAAGAGCAAAAAAAAAAGAGGAAGAAAAGAAAACACAAUGAAAGAGUAAAAGGGGAGUGUUUUAGACAGUAGAAAAGCACGAGAGAGAUAAAGAGCAGGGAGAGGCUAUUUAACAUCGCUUUAGACUCAUGACAGUGUAUCAGAAGUUUGUUCAUCUUUGUGCCGUGAGAACACCUUUCAUUCUGGCCUCUCUGUGGCACACUGUUGCGUUACUAUAUAAACUGUGAGCUGUGUGUGUGUGUGUGUGUGUAAAAUAGCGUGUGAAUGUGUGCAGGAGUUCGUAAAUAAGAUGCCCAGAAAGAAUGUGUCUGUUCCAAGUCUCAAGGGGGUUUCACCUCCGAGCAAUUUUGGACAAAGUGAAGCAAGUGGAAACCCCCAUGCUGAAACCUCAGAGGAGAAGGUAGAACUGCGGAAAAAGGUGACCCUGCUCCGAGGAAUCUCUAUUAUUAUUGGGACAAUCAUUGGAGCGGGAAUAUUCAUCUCUCCAAAGGGAAUUCUGAAGAACUCUGGCAGUGUGGGAAUGUCACUUGUGGUAUGGGUUGCAUGCGGGAUUCUCUCUCUGUUUGGCGCUCUGUGCUAUGCUGAACUGGGCACCUGUAUUAAAAAAUCUGGUGGUCAUUACACGUACAUUCUGGAGGCGUUCGGUCCGCAAAUGGCUUUUGUGAGAUUGUGGGUAGACAUGAUUGCCAUAAGACCUACAGGGAUCGCUGUGAUUGGUUUGGCAUUUGGCCGCUAUAUUUUAGAGCCCAUCUUUAUGCCAUGUGGAGUCCCUGAGAUUGGUGUCAAAUUGGCCACAGCAAUCGGGAUCACUGCCGUAAUGUACAUAAACAGCAUGAGUGUAAGCUGGACUGCCAGAAUCCAGGUUUUCCUCACCUUCUGCAAGCUGUUAGUUAUUGCCAUCAUCAUUGUUCCAGGGCUAUACCAUCUCUUCAAAGGAGAGACCAAAAAUUUUGAGAAUGCAUUUCAGGUCAACACUGUAGAUCUGACCGGACUUCCACUAGCAUUCUACUCAGGGAUGUACGCAUAUGCUGGCUGGUUCUACCUAAAUUUCGUGACAGAGGAGGUGGAGAAUCCUGAGAGGACAGUACCCCUUGCCAUCUGCAUCUCCAUGGCGAUAAUAACAAUUUGUUUUACACUGACAAAUGUGGCAUAUCUCACAAUUUUGACUGCAGAGGAGGUGCUGGCCUCAGAUGCAGUAGCUGUGACAUUUGCAGAGAAGCUAAUGGGAAACUUCUCAUAUGCCGUUCCCAUUUUUGUGGCUCUGUCUUGCUUUGGGUCCAUGAACGGAGGCCUAUUUGCCGUUUCGAGAAUGUUCUACGUGGCCUCUCGAGAAGGUCAGCUUCCUGAGGUUCUCUCUAUGAUUCAUAUACGCAGACACACACCAUUACCUGCUGUGAUUGUAUUGUAUCCAGUUACAUUAUUGAUCCUGUUCUUAGGGGACAUUUACAGCCUGCUGAACUUCAUGAGUUUCAUGCGCUGGCUGUUCAUCGGAGUGGUUGUAGUCGGUCUCAUCUACAUGCGCUACACACGGCCUGAAAUGCCACGACCUUUUAAGGUCCCUAUCUUCAUCCCUGCUCUAUUUUCUCUUACUUGUUUCUUCAUGGUUUUCCUUUCUCUUUAUUCGGAUCCAGUGAAUACCGGCAUUGGAUUCGCCAUCUCACUUACAGGCAUCCCUGCGUACUACAUAUUCAUCCACUUCCAGAAAAAACCCAAAUGGUUCCGGCAAUUCUCAGACUUUGUAAACAGAUCACUACAAAUCAUAUUAGAGGUGGUGCCUGUUGAACACUGACCCUUUGUAUGCUGUCUCUCUAAGAAAGAAUGUAUCUGUUACGGGUGUGUAUACAGUAUAUGUGCAGGCCAUAUAAAUUCCUUCAAUAAGAUUUAGACCAAA